GGGUCGCGCUGGGAGGGUGCUCCGGGGGGAGAGUUGGAGGAGUUGCGGAGCUGUGCUCUGGUGGCCGCAGGACACGGAGCUGGGUGCGCGCCGUGCCUCCGCCUCCCGCCUCUUUCUCGCCCUCCAUCCCGCUCACCGUCCUCCCCUGCCUCCCGGCUACCGCGGUCUUCCUCAGCUCGGUCGCCAGGGUCGAGGGGCUGGGGGCCGGGAGCCCGCAGGUAGCGCAGGGCGGGGCGCCGGGCGUGGGGAGCGCGCCCGGCCGGCCUGGGAUCAGAUAACAGAGGGCGGGGGAGGAAGCGCGUCGCCAGUUCUCGCAGCCGAACAGAGGGACGGACUCCAGCCGCGCCGGCCGGAGCGAGCGCCUUGCGCCCCGGGGCGCCGUGGAGGCGCGCGCCCCCGACCCACGGCUGACCCCGAGCGAUCGGCGCUCGGAGCCGACGCGCCCCUCGGCCUGGAGCGCCCCUGGGCGCUGCCCUGAGCGGCGGCGGCGGCGAUGCGGCCGGGGCGGCGGCGGCCGGGGCUGGGGACGGCCGCGCGGAGCUCGGAGGACGCGGAGCGCGCCGCGCCCCGGACACUCGCCGAGGGUCUUCUAGCCACUGACUCAUCUCUAGCUGAUGCUGGGGAAAUGGCAGCUGCUGCUAAUGCGGCCUUGGAGAUAGCACGUGCCCACUCAGCACUGUUACUUAGAAGAUAGAACCAAGAGGAGCCGCCCCUCUGGGAGCCGGCGUGGGGCCGAGGAGCCAGGACCUCCCCCCGCCCGGGAUGACCGCAGCUGGCCGGGCCACCCCCUACAGCAUCGUGUCAUUGUUGGAGGACGGGCUGCACCUGGUCACAAUGUCGGGCACCAAUGGCUUCGGCAACGGCAAGGUGCACACGCGGCGCAGGUGCCGGAACCGCUUUGUCAAGAAGAAUGGCCAGUGCAACAUCGAGUUUGCCAACAUGGACGAGAAGUCACAGCGCUACCUGGCUGACAUGUUCACCACCUGCGUGGACAUCCGCUGGCGCUACAUGCUGCUGCUCUUCUCGCUGGCCUUCCUCGCCUCCUGGCUGCUCUUUGGCGUCAUCUUCUGGGUCAUCGCCGUGGCGCACGGCGACCUGGAGCCGGCGGAGGCCCGCGGCCGCCCGCCCUGCGUGCUGCAAGUCCACGGCUUCAUGGCCGCCUUCCUCUUCUCCAUCGAGACACAGACUACCAUCGGCUACGGGCUGCGCUGUGUGACGGAGGAGUGCCCCGUGGCCGUCUUCAUGGUGGUGGCACAGUCCAUCGUGGGCUGCAUCAUCGACUCCUUCAUGAUCGGCGCCAUCAUGGCCAAGAUGGCCCGGCCCAAGAAGCGGGCGCAGACGCUGCUGUUCAGCCACCACGCGGUGGUGGCGCUGCGGGACGGCCGGCUCUGCCUCAUGUGGCGCGUGGGCAACCUGCGCAAGAGCCACAUCGUGGAGGCCCACGUGCGGGCCCAGCUCAUCAAGCCCCGGGUCACGCAGGAGGGCGAGUACAUCCCGCUGGACCAGCUGGACAUGGACGUGGGCUUCGACAAGGGCCUAGACCGCAUCUUCCUGGUGUCGCCCAUCACCAUCCUGCACGAGAUCGACGAGGCCAGCCCGUUGUUCGGCAUCAGCCGGCAGGACCUGGAGGCGGACGACUUCGAGAUCGUGGUGAUCCUGGAGGGCAUGGUGGAGGCCACGGCCAUGACCACGCAGGCCCGCAGCUCCUACCUGGCCAGCGAGAUCCUCUGGGGCCACCGCUUCGAGCCCGUCCUCUUUGAGGAGAAGAACCAGUACAAGAUCGACUACUCGCGCUUCCACAAGACCUACGAGGUGCCCGCCACGCCCUGCUGCAGCGCCAGGGACCUGGCGGAGAACAAGUUCCUGCUGCCCGGCACCAGCUCCUUCUGCUACGAGAACGAGCUGGCCUUCCUGAGCCCUGACGAGGAGGACGCGGCCGAGGACGACCCGGCUGGCGGCCCUCAGGCCAGGCUCGGCCUCGCCAGGCCCCCGGCCAGCAGCAGUGCCCUGGAGCCGCGGCCCUACCGGCGGGAGUCGGAGAUAUGAGUGGCCGUGGCCACGGGCAGCCUCUGAAAGGUGGCCAACGCGGCCGCAUGUUAGACGCUUCAGGCUUCGCAGUGGUCUUGGGAGGCAGGCAGGAGCGUGGGUGGCAGGAGCGGAUGUCCCUGGCCUCAGAGGCCCACGCAGGCUCGGGGCCGCGCUGCAGGGGCUGGUGCGUCUGCCUGAGGGAAGGGCUGCAGACCGCCCCCACCGGCUCCACAGCCGCCCCGCUCGGUGCAGGCCGCUGGCUGCAGGCACCCACUUGUUUUAGCUCGGGGAGAAAUCAGGGGUCUCCACUUUCUCAGUCUCAGUUUGAGGAAGACUCUUUACAAAAGAAUUAACAUGGGAUUAAACCUUUUUUUAAUUCACGGGCUACAAAAAAGGACACAUAGAAUUCCACUGUUUGCCAGGAUGCAGGCAGUGGGCGGAGGCUCCUCAAGGCUCCCCGGGGCUGGAGGGCCAGGGCCGCUUCCGGCCAGUGCAGCCCUCGCUGUGGCCCCUGUGCGCACGGCUGGGUUAGGUCCCUUUUGUGGUGGAAAAACCAGGGCCGUGUUAAUGCUCACAAGGCCCCUGGGUCAUGGAGGCGGCGCUGGGACAGAACAACUGGUUUCUGGAGUUUGACUUUGCACUUAGAGGCGCCCCUCAGGGUCGGAUGUGAGCCCCGCCUGCCACGGAAGGUCCCCUCCCCCAGCGCCCCGGGGUCCCCUUGUUUGCUGCUCUCUCCUUUGCUGCCCAUGGCUCCCACCCUCCACAGAGGGGGGCCGCUGCAAACAUGCAGGAGUGGGUGCUCCUGGGGAGGGCACCUGGCAGCCCCACCCUGUGAGGCCCAGAGGAGUGGUGCCUUAUAGAUUCUGUGGGUCUGGCUCAGUUCCUCAUGGUCUAGGACUCCCCUGUACCCCUCCCCGACGCCACCAUGCAGUCCCCACAGCCCCUCUGUCUGCAGAGGCCAGGCUGAUGGUGCUCCCCCUGACUCUGGGCAGCAGGGUGGAGCCCAUGAGUGGCAGCCAGGCUGCGCCCUGCCUGAACAGAGAGGACCAGUGUUCAGAGAGAUUCGACCUCUCGCUGAGAGUCAGGAGCGGCACACACAUCCCGGAAGGUGUUUGGGCUGUGGGCUCUGCUGGCCCAGAAGCAGCACCAAGACCAGCAGCUGCCCAGUGCAGGCUGCUUCUUGGCGGAGAAGCCAGCUGGGCUAGGGGGGUGGUGGGGAGGCCAGAGCAGCCUGGACCCCGGGGCAGCCAGGUGCCUUCCCAGGAUAGCUCAGUGCGCUGCCCUCCAAGUGACCAGGCCCAUGAGGAAGUCAGUAUUAGAGAGCCAGUGGCUUUUGGGCUUGCCUGCCCUGGCUGCUCCAACCUGUGCCCCCACGACAGCUCAGCCUGAAGGCACCAGGGACUCGGGCCCAAGUGGGAAACUGAGGCAGUGUGCAAGGUCAUGCAAGUAGGGAGUGGGACUCUGGAGACAGGGAGAAGCUGGGGCCUGGGUAGGCCAGCCUUCCAUUCACUCCAUCCAGCGCCAAGCCCAGAGGCCCUGGAAUCCAGGUCCUGGUGGUUUGGGGUGACCAGGUGCACUCUGCUCAGCUGUGCCCUCAGGGGCCCAUGGCAGGCAGCUUAGCUCAAGACCCUGCAGGGAGCAGCCCCUCGCAGCCUGUCGUCUCUUGCCAAAGGCAGAGGCUGUGUUUUUACUCGUCUGCCCUCUCCUCCCUGCCCUGUAUUUAUUUAUUUAUUGCUUGUGCUGAAGACCAAAAUAGUCUCCCUCUUUAAUGCACUUGAGGAUGGAGGGUGGCUGGGUGGGGCUAUGGUAUGUGCAGAGCACGGUUCACAUGGCUCCUGGGAGAGUGCGAGGGGGGGUGCUCACUCUUGGUGUGUGGAGAGCAUGUUAACCCACUGAACGUUCCGCACACAGGUGAGUGGGGGUGUUUGUGCACAUGUGAGUGCAUGUGGCGUGUGGCAAGUGUGUGUGCGUGCAUGCAUGUGUGUGUACUUGGUGUGUGGUCUGUGCUGAGCAGGUGUGUGUUCCAAACUGCUCCUACCCUCGCCCUCCCAGGCAGUGGGAUUUCCAAGAAUUUUCUCAGUAGCCUGGACCAGGAGGCCCAGAGUUGGGGAUGGCUGAAGACUUGGCCUCGGGCCUCCCGUGGGAAGGCCACGCCGGCAGGAGUGUGUGUGGCUGAGAGAGUGGGCGUCAAGUGUGUGAGUUCAUGUGGGAUGUCUCAUCUGUGUUCAAAUAGGACACGCAGCGAUUGCUUUGCCGGUAAGUGCAUGAACGUGUGGGUGCAUUAUACACGGCGCUGUUGUACAGAUGUGUGCAUAGGACAAUCUGUGUGUGGAUCUGGGAUGAUAACAUAGAUACAUGGUAUGUAUGUGUGCAGGCAUAUACACACACGCGCAUAGUUGUGUGUGUGCUUACCUGUAGGGGAGUAUUUGUGUGUUUUAUAUGAGGGCGUUGGCUUGAAUGUUCACCAGGCUGUAUGGAUGGGCACAGUGCUCAAGAUGGACCCCAGCCAGCAACGUCAGCAAGCUGGCUCAGGAGUCCCGUGGACCCUCAGCUCAGAGCGUGUCCACGUGGAGUGUGUGUGGGUGAGGCUUCCGGGUGCCUGGGUGUGAAAUGAUGUCUACACACGUAUGUGAGUCCUUGACCUCCAGCAGUGAGUGAUUGUGUGUGGGAGGCCACGUGUGUAUUUGUCCCUCUGAACAUGUACAUGCAUGUGGUACGUUUGUGUGGCAGCUGUGCCAGGCUCUGAGCAGGGCUGGGGCCUGCCUGCUGGAGUGGUAUGUAUGUGUGUGCAUGUGUCAGGAAUGAUGCGUCCAUGCGUGUGCCUUGCAUGCAGUUCUCUGCCCCACGGUGCCGUGCCACCCAGUUCCUGCCUGCACGGGGUCCCGGAGGGUUGGGGCCUGGUAGGAAGGAGCCCCCUGUGUAGGGGUGUCUGCUCUUUGUAAGAUAACAAAAUGUCAAAUAUAUUUUAAGUGGCAAAUUUCCGUGAUUUUCAAUACCGAGCGGUGUCUGAAGACAUGGGCCUGGGGACUAGCCCUCAUUAAAUGCGUUUUGGC